GCCAUAGUAUAGCCCGGGCAUUACUCGUCCAAAGCACAGCGCUUCAGUGCGGAUGUAGGCGACAUGGAGGAACAGCGAGGUGCGCGGGAAGGACGCACGAAAGUUGGGGUUUAAAAGCUGGGAAAACCCGUGGAUCACUUCGCGGCCUGUACUAGAGGCCGACAAAGUGUUGCCAAUAUGGCUGAAGAUCCGCAGAGGAACUUCAGGUCAGCGUAUUAUGAAAAGGUGGGCUUCAGGGGAGUGGAAGAGAAAAAGUCACUUGAAAUUCUCCUGAAGGACAAUCCACUUGAUGUGGAAAAGCUAAGCACAUUCAGCCAGAGGUUUCCAUUACCCUCAAUGUACAGGAUCCAUGUAUGGAAAGUUCUGCUUGGUAUCCUGCCUCCACACAGCGAUUCUCACUCUCUGGUAGCCCGUUACAGACAGGAGCAGUAUACGGAUGUAAAAGAAGCUCUUCAGGCUAUGCGAUUUGUGCACGCAGGCACGCCUCACACUGAGCUCUACCUUCGCAUGCACCAGCUGGAGAACCAGCAGUUGCCUUGUCGGUCAGAGCUCCAACAACCUGGUGAAGAGGAUGAAGAUUUCUUGGCUAUCGCCAGAGUGAUGGAGGAAAUUGUGGAGGAUCCGGUAAACUGCUAUUGGCUGAUUAGGUGCUUUGUCAACCAGUUUCAUCACAAGUUCGGCGAUUCCAUACCUCACCUGCCCAAGAGUCUGGAGCAUUUCCUCUCCCUGGAGGACAGUCGUCUUCUGUCCCAUCUAAAAACUUCAGGCAGUCUGGCUGUCCUGCCCUAUUCCCUUUGGUUCAGACGCUGUUUCGCAGACUGCCUGCCGGAGUCUAGCCUUCAGAGAGUUUGGGACAAGGUGAUCAGCGGCUCGUGUAAAAUCCUGGUGUUCGUUGCUAUGGAGAUAUUGCUGAGCUACAAGAUCAAGCUCAUGGGAAUGAGUCAACCAGAUGCGGUGGUGAACUUCUUGAGCAAUAUGCCGCAGGAGAACACGGACGCCAUAGUGACCAAAGCCAUAGAACUGUGGCACAAGUACUGCGGGACUCCCAUGCACUCUGUUUAAAGCAAAUGGACUUGGACUUAAACUCUGAGAAGAGUGUAAUGCUGAGGAACGCCC